AUGCCGCGCCGCGGGCUGCGGGCGCCGGCUCACUCGGCCCGCAUGGCCUGGCCCGGCCCGCCGCCCCGCGCCACGCUCUUCCCGCGGCGCCCGCGCAAUGGCGCCGGCCCCAGCCCCGGCUCGGGCUCGGGCUCCCGCUCCGCUCCGCUCAGAACGGCCGCGGCGGCGGCGCCCGUGACGGAUCAGUCACGCCGGGAAGAGAUGGAAAUCAAGGCCUCAGAGAUGAGAUGGCAUACCCUCUCAGCCCUCAGGUGUGUCAGCAGGACCCAAACCCAGGUUUUAUGACUUUGGACCUCAGGUGGAGCCCAUGAAACCAGGACAAAUACAAAUGCCCUGCCCUGCAGCC